GACACGGGACGGGAUUCAUGCAGAUCUAGCAAAAGCUAGCUAGCCCACCGCCAUGACGAAGAAGCACCAAGUAAUAAUAAGUACUUCCCCUGCUGCAGGAAUAUUAUGGGAUGUAAGGUGCAGCUUCCAAUCUCUCAUAGCCCUUCUUGUUCUUGCCUUAGUGGGCGGGGCCGUUUAUUUGACAGCACAAAGUGGACACUUGUUAGCAGACGACCGUACUAGUAGUAGCACUAGUAAUAGUAGUCCUCCUCCUCCUCCUCCUUCCGCAAGUACCAAUGACUCACCGCCUUCAAAAUGCAACUUGUUUUCAGGAAAAUGGGUGUACGACAACCACUCGUACCCUCUCUACAAAGAGAAGCAAUGCACUUUCAUGUCCGACCAGUUAGCUUGUGAGAAAUUUGGACGAAAGGACCUAACCUACCAAAACUGGAGAUGGCAGCCUCACCACUGUGACCUCCCGAGGUUCAAUGCCACAGCACUGCUAGAGAGACUGAGGAACAAAAGGCUUGUGUUCGUUGGGGAUUCUCUGAACAGGGGCCAAUGGGUAUCUAUGGUCUGUCUCGUCGAGACAUCCAUGCCUUCAUCAUCUCCAAAAUCUAUGAUCAGUAACGGUUCCUUGACCACCUUCAAGGCCACAGAUUACAAUGCAUCAAUUGAGUUCUACUGGGCGCCAUUGCUGGUGGAAUCGAAUUCGGAUAAUCCAGUGAACCAUCGUCUACCAGACCGUAUAGUCAGAGCCCACGCCAUUGAAAAACACGCCAGGCACUGGACCGAUGCUCACAUACUCGUCUUUAACUCGUAUCUUUGGUGGAAGCAGCCCAAGAUGAAUACAUUAUGGGGUUCAUUUGGAAAUUCCGAUGGCAUCUACAAAGAUGUAGAGAUGCUCCGCAGCUACGAAAUGGCACUCAAGACAUGGGCCGAUUGGUUGGAAAUCCACAUUAACCGCACGAAGACCCAAUUGUUCUUCAUUAGCAUGUCCCCCACUCAUCAAAGGGCUGAAGAAUGGGGCGAGUCUGCGGGUGAAAAUUGUUACUCGGAGACGGAGAUGAUCGGGAAAGAUGAGUAUCAGGGUAAUGGAUCGAAUCCGGAGAUGAUGCGAAAGGUGGAAGCCGCCAUCAACGACCUUAAAAGCAGAGGCCUGACCGUCCGACUGAUAAACAUCACGCAACUAUCGGAAUAUCGAAAAGAAGGCCACCCUUCCAUCUACAGAAAACAAUGGGAGCUUCUCACCCAGCGCCAAAUUUCUAAACCCUCCGCUUAUGCAGAUUGUAUACAUUGGUGUCUCCCUGGAGUUCCUGACGUUUGGAAUCAACUCCUCUACGCUUACAUCUUUAAUUCAUCAUCCCACAACACAUUCUGAUCCUAACCAAAUCCAAGUUUCCCUAAAUUUCUUUAAUUCUAUAUCUUCAACCUAACUUGCACCUUUUUUUAUUUUUUUAAAAAAUUUUUAACCUUUA